AUGGCCUUCGGGGGUUUUCUUUUUACGGCCACGGGGGGUCUUGCUGCAGAGCCCCACGCUGCAGCGCAGCAGCAAACAGCAGAAGCAGCAGCAGCAGCAGCAGCAGCAAGUUCCUCGCUGCAGACAAUUGAGGAAGCUGUCGUGCAGCUGAGGGACAGACUUGCUGCUCUAGAGGGUUUAGUAGGGGAACAUGAGGCCCUCUUUGGGGUCAUUGCUCCGGCUUCCCCUGCUGCUGCUCCUGCUGCUGCUGCUGCUGCUGCUGCUGCCCGCGUGCAAAGAGCAGUGGGGGCCUUCGGAGACAGCGUCGCCACGCACGAGACUGCGGGGCAUGCAGCAGCAGCAAGCCCAGCAGCAGCAGUCGCAGCAGCAGCAGCAAGGGCGCGGCCGCUGCUGCAGUUGCUCGAUAGAGCUCGAGAAGCAGCAGCAGCAGCAGAGUCAGCAGCAGCAGCAGCAGCACCGCCGAACUUUCCCCAACUCACGCAGCGUUCCUAUGCUGCAAACGUUGGCAGCGAGAUGAGGGGGCCCCCAGCAGCAGCGGCAGCAGCAGCAGCACCAGGCCCUUUUGCUGCGACAGCUACAGACACCGCAGCAGAAGCUGGUGCUGCAGAUCAAGCUUCACAAGAGCAGCAGCAGCGGCAGCAGCAGCAGGAAGAGCCGCUUAUGGAGGAGACACCUUCUCGGCCUUUCACUGAAGCUACUGGGCGCAGCAGCAACGAGAGCGAGUCUUCAGCAGCAGCAGCAGAUGCAACAGCGGCUGCAGCAACAGCAGCUGCAGCAGCAGAUGCAGCAGCAGCAGGUGCAGCAGCAGCAGAGAAAACUGGCCUUGAGGCUUCUUCCCUUCUUACUCUGGGAGGACACAUCAAGCGCAGCAAAAGGGGACAGUUCGGACCGUAG